AUAAUCGAAAUCCCAUAUCGUCUACACCAAUAUUUACUGCACGUGUACAUGCUCUAUUAGCACAACUAGUUUUUUCAAUUUUUUUUUAAAAUUUUUUUUGGUUGACUAUGUGUCAAGAAAACUUUGUUGUUUUUUACUUUUAUUUUCUGGGUUGGCAGAAAAAACUUUGCUCAUGUGAGUCUGCGGAUCUGUGCGAUCCAUUUUAGUCCAAUCUUUUGCAAAGUGGAAACUCCUGAAUCCAAAGCACUCACCACAUCCAAAGCCAACAAAAAAAAGUGCUGCUUUUAAGCAUGCAAAUAAGACCUUUUACAUAUUUUUGAAGCCUGGAGAAGAUUAAAUAUUUGUAUGUGUUUAAAGCGAGGGACAGUUUUUAUUAAACCCACUUCCAAUUUCCCUUUUUGAGUGGCAAAGACAUUUUGUUCCUUGCAUGUGUGGCACAGUGGCAGAGACCUAUUGUUGAAUCUUUGCAUAAGCGGUUCCCCCUCGGAGCAUUAAUUUCUUGACUGGAUAGAUUAUGUGGGAAUUAGCCAUGGAGUUAUAUUGAUUUACAUGAGCCCAUUGGAAUACUGUGCAAAGUAAAAGCUACAUAUCAUCUUCUUGACGUUGCAAAAAUGGCCAUGGCUUCUCCUGUAAAAGUGGCUCUAGGCUCGAUUGCCUUUGCAAUCUUCUGGGUGUUGGCAGUGUUCCCAGCGGUACCUUUUCUACCAGUUGGGAGGACUGCAGGGUCUCUUCUUGGUGCUAUGCUUAUGGUCAUAUUCAGAGUCCUAAAUCCGGAUCAAGCUUAUGCUGCUAUAGAUCUCCCAAUCCUUGGACUUCUCUUUGGAACUAUGGUUGUUAGUGUAUAUCUUGAAAGAGCUGAUAUGUUCAAGUAUUUGGGUAAAUUGCUUUCAUGGAAAAACAAAGGAGCAAAAGACUUGCUCUUUAGAAUCUGCUUGAUUUCUGCCAUUUCGAGCGCCCUUUUCACAAAUGACACUUCUUGUGUGGUUUUGACUGAAUUUGUGUUGAAAAUUGCAAGGCAACAUAAUCUCCCACCCCAUCCAUUCCUACUUGCCCUUGCCUCAAGUUCAAAUAUAGGGUCUUCAGCUACUCCAAUUGGCAAUCCUCAAAACCUGGUUAUAGCUGUACAGAGUAAGAUUUCCUUUGGAAGUUUUUUGUUUGGAAUUCUCCCCGCAAUGCUUGUUGGGGUUUUAGUCAAUGCUUUGAUUCUUCUAUCCAUGUACUGGAAGUUGUUGUCCAUCCAGAAGGAUGAAGAGGAUGCAACUUCAGAAGUUGUUGCGGAGGAAGAUGUUAAUUCCCAUAGGUUUUCACCGGCCACAAUGUCACAUUUUUCAUCCACAAAUGGUUCUCCAAAUGUUGUAGGAAACAAUAUUUCUGCUGAGAAUCUGAGAAACCGAUCAAGUAUGAGCGAUAAUGAAAUCCUAGGAGUUGAUGCUUUGGAGUCCACAAGAAAUUCAAAUGCAUCAAAGGAUUCAAUGAGUGAUUUGUCCUCUCAAAGAAAUGAAGAAACUAUUCAUUCAGAAGAGAAGGAAGACAAAAGCACCAGGUGGAAAAGGAUACUGUGGAAAUUUUGCGUUUACUGUGUUACUCUAGGAAUGUUGAUUGCUUUGAUUUUGGGAAUGAAUAUGUCAUGGACUGCAAUUACUGCUGCACUUGCUCUUAUAGUUCUUGAUUUCAAGGAUGCUCGGCCAUGCCUAGAAAAGGUCUCCUAUUCGCUUUUGAUUUUCUUCUGUGGAAUGUUUAUCACAGUUGAUGGCUUUAACAAAACAGGGAUACCAAGCACAUUCUGGGAGUUUGUGGAGCCCUUUGCACAAGUUGAUAGUGCCAGUGGGAUAGCCGUUCUUGCAGUUGUGGUACUUGUCCUAUCAAAUUUGGCUUCAAAUGUGCCAACUGUUCUGUUGCUUGGAGCACGAGUUGCGGCAUCAGCAGCUAUGAUUUCCGCGGCGGACGAGAAGAAAGCUUGGCUGAUCUUAGCAUGGGUGAGCACAAUAGCAGGGAACCUCUCACUGUUGGGAUCAGCAGCCAACUUGAUAGUGUGUGAACAAGCUCGCCGAGCACCAAAUCUUGGAUACACUCUUACCUUCUGGAACCACCUCAAAUUUGGUGUUCCAUCUACUCUUAUUGUCACUGCCAUUGGUUUGACACUCAUAAGGUGACCUUUUUUGAAUCUACAUGGUUGAAUGACUUUGUUUAUGACAUCCACGAUGAUGACAUCGAUAGCUUGGAAAGAGUUACACAUGCAAGGAAAACAACAACAUGCCAUCUACAAAAGUUGCCUGUUUGGCACUGUGUCUAUGUAAGUCAUGUGUAUAUAGCCUAAGAAAGAAUAGUCCGUUUGGGAUAGCUUAUCUAGAUAGAGCUUUUAAUAGUUAAAUCUUUUGUAAAUAGAUGUGAUGCACAGAGGGGGAAAAAAUAAAGAGAAUGUAAUGAUAUUAAAGGAAAGAUAUAUAAAGAAAACUAAACUUUCCUUGAUA